UACCUCGCGGAUGUCAAGGAACCUGUCGAAUCAUUUCAUGAUAAAGACGAGGAAAAAUGUGGGCGCACUGUGCCAAUGCGAGUUCUCGUGCUGGGCUUAAGCCGAACAGGUACUGAAUCUGAAUAUGUUGAUACAGCACUUCGAAAAGCCUUGAUUCAUCUGGGAUAUGAUGGCACAUAUCAUGGUUAUGCAGCAGCCGUGGAGUACCCACGGGACUGUGAAAUGUGGCUCCGGGCUAUGAGGGCAAAGUACGACGGCGUAGGAGAGCCAUUUGUCAAGCAGGACUGGGAUCAACUGCUGGGGGAUUACCAGGCUGUGUGUGAUGUUCCUACGGCAUGCUUUGCAGAGGAGUUGAUGACUGCAUACCCGAACGCGAAGAUCAUCUUAACAAACCGUGACAUUGAUGCAUGGUUCGACUCGGUUCAAAAAACACUCGUUGCUAAUGCUUUCACUCGACGGGCUUCCUUGAUCUCCUUUCUCGCUACGAUAACGCGCAGCCCCAACCGAUGGACCCGACCAGUCAUGAUGUACGCCUUGUCUGACUUCUUCGGUGGCAAUUUUGAGAAAAAUGGAAAGCAAACCUAUCAAAAGCACUACGACCGUGUGCGGGAGAUGGCUGCCGAGAGAAAUAUGGAAUUGCUUGAAUACAAGAUUACAGACGGAUGGGGUCCGCUAUGUAAGUUUCUGGGUCACGACAUGCCAGAGAAUCCGUUUCCUAGCGGCAAUGAUAAGCAGGAGGUGAAUUCGAGGAUCAAAGCAAUCAUAAAUAGGGAGGUUCGACGGUUACUGCUGAUCUUUGCGGUGCUCUUCACCUGUUUAGCGUUGAUUAUUAUCAUCGCUCUCCUGUCAGUUUCGCUAUAG